CCGGGCUCAUCGCUCUGUCACUGGCUGCUGCUGUCCGCUCCGGAGGCGGACUGCGCGGUGGUGGCCGAAACUGGCCGAGGUGGACGCCAGCGCCGGGCUUUGCCCGUUUCUCCUUGAAGCUGAUUUACAAUAUCAUAUAAAUUGCAGCUGUGAAUUCCUUUGGACAACUGAUGAUAUUUAUUAUUGUGCCCAGUUUCUACAAAUGAAAAAUGGGUGGAUUAUUUUCUCGAUGGAGGACGAAACCUUCCACUGUAGAGGUUCUGGAAAAUAUAGAUAAGGAAAUCCAAGCGUUGGAAGAAUUUAGGGAAAAAAAUCAGAGAUUACAAAAAUUAUGGGUUGGAAGAUUAAUUUUGUACUCUUCAGUCCUCUAUCUGUUUACAUGUUUAAUUGUAUACUUAUGGUAUCUUCCGGAUGAACUUACAGCAAGACUUGCCAUGACACUCCCAUUUUUUGCUUUUCCGUUAAUCAUCUGGAGCAUAAGAACAGUGCUUAUUUUCUUCUUUUCCAAGAGAACAGAAAGAAAUAAUGAAGCAUUGGAUGAUUUAAAAUCCCAGAAGAAAAAAAUACUUGAAGAAGUCAUGGAGAAAGAAACUUAUAAAACAGCUAAAGUAAUUCUUGAAAGGUUUGAUCCAGAUUCAAAGAAAGCAAAGGAGUUUGAGCCACCAUCUGCUGGAGCAACUGCAACUCCCAGACCUGGACAAGAGAUUCGUCAGCGAACUGCUGCUCAAAGAAACCUUUCUCCAACACCAGCAGGCUCCAGCCAGGGCCCUCCUCCGCAAAUUCCAGUUUCUCCUGGACCACCAAAGGACACUUCAGCCCCUGGUGGACCCCCAGAAAGAACUGUUACUCCAGCCUUAUCAUCAAAUGUGUUACCAAGACGUUUUGGAUCCCCUGCUACUUCAGUGCCUGGAAUGGGUCUUCAUCCUCCGGGUCCACCUUUAGCAAGACCCAUUCUGCCUCGAGAACGAGGUGCUCUGGAUAGAAUUGUUGAAUAUUUAGUUGGUGAUGGUCCGCAGAACAGGUAUGCUCUUAUAUGUCAGCAGUGUUUUUCUCACAAUGGCAUGGCUUUGAAAGAAGAAUUUGAGUACAUUGCUUUUCGUUGUGCCUACUGUUUUUUCUUGAAUCCUGCAAGAAAAACCAGACCCCAGGCUCCAAGACUUCCAGAAUUUAGUUUUGAAAAGAGGCAGGCAUUGGAAGGCUCAAGUACACUUGGCGCCUUGCCCUCAGGAAGCGUAAUUUCAUCAGAGGACCAGAUCAAUGAAGAAUCUUUAGAAGAACAAGAUGUUCUAGAUAAUAGUACAGAACAGACAGAUGGCAAAAUACCAGAUACGGAGCAGACAAACCCAGUGAUUGAACAAGCAUCUGGCAUAGAGGAACCAGAGGAGAAACAAGAGACCGAGAAUGAGGAAACCUCAGUGAGUGAGGACAAGCCAACAGUUCCCAGAGCUGAUGCUGUUCCUGAUCCUGGACUAAGUGGAGAAUCUUUGACAAUGUAGUAGAUGCUUCCGUGUGCCUUCAGCUGGACAUUUGUAGUCUUGCUGAUGUCAGUUAUUGCUUUUUUAGGUGGUGCUUUCUUUUUUUGCCCCUUCAAAGACAUGCUUGGUAUCGUUUGAAUUUCAGAUUGCCUAGCUAUUUCAUAUAUCAAAGUUAUGUCUACUCGGUAUUAAAAGUAAAAGCACGUGGUGUCAGUAAAGUAAAAUCCUUUUGAAUGUACAGAAACCCACACUGUUUAGGCAACGUUUAGGUAUUUUUUUCUGUUCUAAAAGUAAACAAAUAUAAGAGAAGUUUUGUUUUCUACUUGUGACCUGUAAAUACAUUUGGCAUAGGAAGAACUUUGGUUAGGAAAAAGUUCUAAUAGCAUUUGUUUUAAGGAAUGAAACUCAAUUAAGAUUUUUAAUACUUCCUUAUUAAAAUGGAUAGAAUUUUAACUCUUGAGAUAUUUGCCAGGGGGUAAAAUAUCUAUUUAGGCAUUUACAUUAAGAGGUAUGAAAGUUACUACAGUAACAAUAUAGGCAUUUGUGUGAAUUCUUAGUAAGAAUGCAGUUGAACAGUCAAGUGCAGUGUUACUUUUGAUGUCUCUUAUUUUGCAGCUGGGCCAGAGGUACCUGAUGUAUAUAAUUAGCUUAUGUUUACAUAUUAACAUAUAGGAAAUAUCUCUGCAUUUGACUGUACUUGAAUUUUGAACAUUAUUUAUAUUUGUAAAAUAAUGAUAUUAUAAGUGAAUUUUGUGCUCUUAUGUGUAUUUUGUUAAGGAAAAUAAAGAUGAUCUGGCAGCAGUUUCUUUUUGUUAAAUAUCUAGACUUCUUCAGACAAUGAUGAGAUAGCUACCUGAAAAGUCUUAGUAGGAAGAGCUCACAAUUCAGUAAAUGUAUAGAUUAUGCUGAGAAAAAUUAUGAUCUUUUUUUCAAAUUUUACCUUUCAAGUUCAGAGAAUUAGUGACAUUUAGAGGUUCUAAUCAGAGGUUAGAUUUUUUUGAUUCAGGAAAACCUUAGACCAUUUGUAGUUUUUAAUUUUGAGAGACAUAGUUUUGUGAGAUUAGGCAGUUAAUUACUAGUAGUUCAUUGGACUUAAUAUGUGUAUUAAGGAUUAACUGUCAGUUUUUUGGACCCAGAAUAGUAAUUCUUGUUGUUAUCUUUUCUAUCUUCUUUUUAUCUAUUACUAAGAAAAAACUAUCAAGUUAUGCCAAAGGAAGGAAUAUAUAGGAAUGGUGUAUAUGGCAAGUAUUUCUAAGUUAUAUAUGGUUUGUUAAAAAUUAAAUAAAAUACCAUUUGUUAUCAUUUAAAAAUUCAUCUUUAUGAUUUAAUAUCUCAUAUAUGAUAGGGUUUUUUAAGGAACCCAAAUCUGUUAAUGGUCUGAGAGUUUUUAAGAUUAUAGGAUUGGGCUAGCUCUGCAGUCUUGGGCAAGUCACCUGACCUCACUGAGGUCAUGUUUUUUCAUUUUAAAAUUGAAAGAAUACCUACUUUUUGGAGUAUGAGGACAAUAAAAAGUAAUUUAUGUAGUGGGCCUAGCUGACUGUCUGACAAUAGAUAUUAAGUGGUAGCAUUGUAUACUCUUGAUGUCUUUGUGAAAUAUGGAAGGGCUCUGAAUUCUCCUUCUUGAAGAUAAAGAAAUGAAAAAACAAUAUGAAAUAUAAUUUGGCUGUUCAGAAUCAAGCCAAAGUUUUCUGCAUCAGGUUUUCUUUAUCAUAUACAUGUAUAUAAAUGCAUAGAUUAAGGAAAUAGGAACCUGAAACUGUGGAAUAUAAUAAUACUACAGAAUAUAGUCUCCUUUUUUUCUUUUUUGAUGAAGCCCAUCAGUUUUUUUGGUGUGUGUGUUAUUGGCCCAUAACAAUUUAGUAACACUUUGCGGAGUCUUCUUGUUAUAAAACAUUCAAAUUCUGAAAAAUGAGUAAUCUCAGAUUAAUCUCAGUAAUCUCAGAUAAUCUCAAAUUAAAUUAUAUUUUAAUUUAGUGAUAGAAUUAAGUAGAUAUCAGAAGUAUCUAUGGAAGAAGGUUAAAAUAGGUAAAUUAAUGUAACGGGUAACAUGCUGUAAUCAUGUAGUACCUAUUAAAAUAGAAAAGUUUCUUCUGAUAUUGUAAUAAACAGUUAAUGGUUGAGGAGUGGUAUAAUGUCCUAUUUCUGAUUAUUAAGACUAGUAUAAAUGAGGAAAAGCAAACUAAUCAGUGCUGUUAGCUAGAGUAACCUUCACUUCCCUACUUACUAAUGCUCAACAGGUCAUCAUCUAAACUUCUCACUAUGCCCUGAGCAUAAUCUGCAAACAUGUCUGGCUUUUCUCUCCAUCUCUCUUCCACCAUUAUGCUGUAGCCUUAGGGUGUCUUUCAAUUUUCUGACUGAGCUAAACCCUUUCCCACCUUAGGUCUCAGUUUAAAUGUUCUUUCCUCAGAGAGAUGCCCUCCCAAGCUCCGUACCUAAAGCUGGUCUCUGCCUUUUAUUCGAUCCUGUCACUCUAUCUGUUAUUACAAUCUGUGAGUAUUUUGUCUGUAUAUUAGUUUACUGUAUUUCUUCAAGACUUAAGAGUCUUUGUUUGCAAGGUUCUGUCUUAUUUACCUUUGUAUCUCCAGAGCCUGGCACAAUGUUUGACACAUUUAUUAUUUAUUAUGUGAAUGAAUAGCUUUGUUGCUAAAUCCAGCAAAAACUCAGUUCUUACCUUAUUCCAUUGACACUCUUGGGUGCUCCCUUUAGUUUGAAACACUUUUUUUCUUUUAGCUUUUAAGUUCUGACACUAUUUUUCUCUUAUUCCUCUGCCCCUUUUCUCUCAGUGUCCUUUGCAGGUUUCUCUUCCUCUGCCCAUCAUUUACAUGUUGGUGUUUCACCUUUCUACCUUGUCAGCAUUUCUUUGCUCUAUGUCUUCUCUCUCUAAAGGCUCUCAUCAACCCCCAUGGACUUAAUUACCAUCUGUCUCUCUCAUUCUCUGAUCUUCAGCCUUGAUCUCUUUCCUUCACUUCAGAGUGAUAGAUACACCUGCCUACUGGAAUCUCCCAAUCAA